AUGGCAGGUGCCUCGGGCUCCUCCUCCUCCUUCAACUCGUCCGCCUUUGCUGGCGUUCCUCCAUCCUCCCAUGGCCAGCACUCCAGCCCGCUCUACUCGACCUUCACACCCACUUCCGCUGCCAUCUCUGCCCUGACGGCAGAGUCGUCCAAAGCUCCGUUUCUAACCACCAUCUCCUUCCCCUUCUUCCCCCCUUCUAGAAAACUCUUCGAACGCACCCCAAACGAAACAACAAUCUACCUCGGCCCUUGGGAAGUCCUCGGCCCUUCCCCCCGCCGCAUAGUCUGGCAGUGCUCCUACGAAGGCGACACACUAGAACACUACCUCCCCUCCGACACGCCCUCCUCCCCACACUCGCACCCAUACACCCUCCACUCCCACCACCGGCGCUACUCCUCCCCCCACGAGCUCGAGCUCUUCGUCUCCUUCCCCCUCGAGCCCCACCGCAUCCGCUACAUCUCCCACACAGACGGCCUCACCUGCGAUGACUUUAUCGAGGUCAAGUACGAGUUCACCACCUUGGAGUCCUCCCUCAAUUUCCAGUCCGAUCUUCGCCAGAGAGACCUAGUGGACUGGUUCGACGUCGACGUCGUCUGGUCCGACGUCCACCGCAGGACUGAUUCCUACGGCAACGUCCGUGGGCUGGGAACGAUUCAAAGGAUGAAGCUCUGGAGGGACAGGCAUUCGAGCUUUCACUAUCUAAGCGUGUAUGCUAACCACAGGAGGAGAUGGAAGGAGUACCUGGUUGACAACUUUGAAAGGGAGUUUCGGCAACGGGAUGAUCGGCAUAGACGGUUACAGCUCACAGCCAAAGCCGCGGGGAGUGGGGGGCAAGGGCGGAGGGGGAGCUCGGCUUCGGGAAGUAGUGGUGAGCGACAACCGCCGCAACAGCAACCUCCUGCUCGCCGAUUCUCGGCUGCGUCCUUGUUUCUGGGGUCUAGUAGGCGAGGGGGGAGCAGCAGCAACAGCAGCAGUUCUUCCCAGCAGGCUAACGGUGGUGCGGCUUCCACAGCGUCGCAGAACGAUCCGGACAUUCGAUAUCUCGGGAUUCAGUUUUCGAGAAAUGGUAAUGUACAGCCGGGGACUGAAGACUACAACAGGUUCAUCGUACGGUGGGAGGCGGCCCACGAUGCUGAUAGCCAGUUUGAGACACCAUACCCGACAGAGCCUGUCGAGCUGCAAUCACCAUACAUAAACGGUCAAGAGGUGCCUAGGGAGUUUACGUUACCCUAUGUUAACGGGGUACACGGGAUAGCAGAACUUCCUUCACCUGAGCUGCUGGGGCUUCCCCCAGUAGCGGAAUCGGUUGAUGAACGUGAAUUUGACGGAACACAGUAG